AUCGUAACUAACUCAACUUUCCUCCGACCCUUCACCAAUUUAAUCAUUCGCGUUUCUUUCCUUCGUAAUUCGCGGGUUCUUUUUCUUCUUAUUUUUUUUUCUUUUGAACAGCAUUUCAAUGUCCAUCAUUUGAAGAAACCCUGAUACAAUAAAUUUGAUUCAGAGAUGAAUCAAAUUCGCAUGUUCAUUCCUCUUCUAGAAUAAAAUACUUUGGUCUCGCGAGGCCAGAUGGCCUCGGCGGCCACCACCAUGGCUUCCGCAGAGCAAACUACCACUCCAGCCACUGGCACUACUGCUCUCGCGCCUCGAAAGUUCAAGGCUUCGGAUCUACCUUUGCCGUCCGCUACGCGAUCCGCGAUCGAGGGAUUAGCCCAUAGCUUUAAGAAGAAAGGUAGUUACGAUGCAAUUCGCAAGCAGAUCUGGGAGAAAUUCGAGCAGAGUGACUACGAGGCUCAGGUUACUAAAUCUAUUCUCGAAGUCGCCGAACAAGAACUCGAACGUAAUCCUGCGCAACUUUUAUCCAUUGACCGUCGAAAGGCUGCUGCCCUUAUUGACGGUGCCCUCGAUCGUUCUGGAGUCUACCAAAAAGCUGAGGAGGUCCUUGACCAAUUGAUUGAUGUGAAAGCUAUCGAGACGGGCAUGCGUGAACUACGCCAGGCCGAAAUUGGCGUUGAGGCAGCUAAAGAAGAGCAAGAACGCGGCUCCAAAACAGACGCAGAGUACGCCGCCGAAUCAGCUCGCAGCUUAGAUGAACGCGACCGUAUUCGACGAGAACUAAGGGCGAAGGAGGAGCAAAUCCUAGAGGAGAAACGAAAGAUUGAGCGAGAGGAACGCAAGAAGAGAGAGCGCGAGAGAGAGCGUGAACUAGAGAAAGCUGAAGCUAAGCGUAAAGAAGAGCGAGAUGCUCGGAGGCGCGAACGCGAGAAGAAAGAAGCGGAGCGCGAGCGCGAAAGGGAGAAGGAGCGGGAAGAGCGCCGGCGCGCUAGAGAACGAGACAGAGAAAGAGAUCAGGAACGACGCCGAUCCAGAACGAGGUCGAGGCAUAGGUCGCGGGAAAGGUCGCGACAUCGCGAUAGGGACCGUGAGAGGGACCGCGAUCGCAGCCGCCGCCGGGAUAGUCGCGAGCGACGGCACCGAGAGCGGUCCCCUAGGGAUAACCGCGAACGUGGUAAGCCGGAAGAGCUUAAGAAAGAGCUCACCAAGGAGGACCACGAGAGGCUCGAGAGGGAAGCGCUUGAAAAUCUGCUACGGGAGAGCAAAAGGAGUGCUGCUAAACAACCUGAACUCGAGGUUGAUGAAGCUCUCGUACCGCCUCCGCGAAGGACGAAACCAGCUUCCGCAAUACAACCUAUACGUCGCGACUCUAUUAAAAACUCAGACACGAAGAAAACACCAGAGCUUACAAAACCCGAAUCUAAGGAUACGUCUAGGGAAACCAAGGACACUAAGGAGUUGAAAGAGGCGAAGCCGCCUAAGGAGUCCAAGGACGCCGUUGAACCUAAAGAAGCCAAGGAAAGCAAGGAAUCUAAAGAUAGUAAGAGCAAAGAGGAGAGACGACCCAGCCCGGCCCCUUCGCGACACCAUCGUGAUCGAUCACGUGGCACAGAAGAUGACCGAAAACAUCGCGAUCGCGAUCGUGACCGUGCUAGAAGUCGGUCUCAUGCCAGAUCUGAUCGACGGGAACGGAGCCGAUCAAGACAUCGACCAGAACGCCGAGAACGCAGUCGUUCAAGAGACCGCGAUCGAGUUGUAGAGAGAGAUAGGGACUUUUACCGUCCGGGCCAGCGAGAUAAGAGUCGUUCUCGCACACGAACUCACCGCGACAGGCACGAAAGAAGUCGGUCUCGGGAUAGGUACAAGCCCGAGCGCAGAGAGCGAAGCCGUUCUCGACGCAGGGAGGAUCGAGAUAGGCGCGACCGAAGUCGUUCACGUGUUCGUCCUGAGAAGCGAGACGAUCGCCGAGAGAGAUCUCGUUCACCUAAAUCAAAACCCGACAAACCUCGGUCGCGUCCUCCACGGAGUCGAUCUCGAUCUCGGCCAGCUACUGCUAGCAAGCCUGAAAUUAGCGAUGCUGAAGCCUGGAAGCAAGGAGAAAUCAAGAAACGUGAGCAGGAAGCGAAAGCUUACCUAGCAGCGCAGCGCGAGGCUCGUGAGAAGGGCCUGCCUAUUCCUGGAGUCGACGACAAAUGGAGUACUGGGGAGCGCUCGCCUGAAGCUAAGAGGGCCCGUGUUCCUGACGACAUCGACCGGUAUAGACCUGGUGAUCGCGACCGGACGGACAAAUACCGAGAACGGGACCGGGAUAGGGAUCGAGAUAGAGAUGACCGUCGAGAAAAAGAAAAGGACCGCGAUAGGGAUGAUCGACGAGAGCGGCGACACAGUCGAAGCAGGAGUCGCAGUCGCCGCCGGGACCGCGAGCGGCACCGGUCCCGCGACAGGUAUCGAGGGGAGGGGACUCGGGACAGAGAUCGCGAUCAUGACCGUGACCGUGAUCGUGAUCGUGACAAGUACCGCGAUAGAGAUCGUGACCGCGAGACAGAUCGUAAUAGAGAUCGCGACGGAGAUAGGGACAAGCGCAACCGUCGUGACAGGAGUAACGAAUCACGACGCGACAGGGACCGGGAUCGAAGAGAUCGAAGUCGUAGUCGUCGACGGAGCCGCAGCCCCCGCUAGUCGCAGGGCCAGCCAUUCCUUCAUGAUCUAGUACUACUGCAAGGGACAGCCCGUGGUCAUCCUAACCGGGACCAAGCACAGCAAGUAUUGAAGUAGACUUUUUACUGCAUGUACUAUUAAGCAGGGCGAAUAAGGGGCCUCGAUCUGGUCGGCAUUAUUUAAGGGUGUGUUCAAUUCUAAUUUGGAGGGGGGGUUAAGAGGGCUUGAGACCGAGCUACUGGACGUCACGGACUACAAAAAAGCUAUACCCUGGAACUUUGCUAGGCGUUCAAGGUUUUUGCUAUGUUGAUAGGUGUAGCACAAGUCAGGUAUUCUG